UAUCCUUGCGAGUUUUUAUUUAAUUUUUAUUAUCUUCACCAUAUGGUUUUGAUAUACUAUCCAUCUGCAAAAUUAUAUACAUAUAUAUAUAUGUAUUAUAUAUGAUAUAUAUAAAUAUAAAAUAAUAAUUAUAAUAAUGAUAAAUAUUCAGACUAUACAAAAUGUCUCCGACUGUGUGCCAUUGUUUUUGCCGCAUAGUCUUUAUCUCAAGCCACUUGCCAAAAUGCACAUAUCAGUGGCAUUGCCCAGCAAUAAAACGGGCAAGUCAAUUUCCAACUUAGAAAUAAUGGAAAAAUUAAGCAAUGCGUUGAAACCUGAUAAAUUUUUAGUACUCAAGGUAACAAAGAGUACUAUUGAUUUUAUUCGCUUUGAAGCAGAGUUAGAUGAUCGAAAAUAUCUACGUAGCGCGUUGUCACGUUUAGAUGGUAUUUCAAUUAAAAUAUCUGGUUUUAAUGAAUCAUUUCGAGUGCGUGCUAGUGAACCAAAAGAUGAGUUCCCAACAAGAUACGAUUGGGACUCAUUUUUUCGCGAUGCAAAGCAUAUGGAUGAAAUGAAACCAGGCGAACGACCGGAUACUAUACAUUUAACACAUUUGCCAAUACGCUGGUUUUGCCCGCGACAUCAUGAAAAUGAUGAAAAUGUCAAACCGAGUGAGAGUAUAUUUAAACGCAUAUUUGAAAAAUUUGGAACCGUACGCAGUUUUGACAUACCUAUAUGUGAUCCAUAUCGAAACAAAAUGAACACUGACAUAAGUGGCAUGAAAACUUUUACUUUCGAGCAGGAUGUGUUGUUUGAAGCUUAUAUACAAUUUGAAGAAUAUGUUGGUUUCGUGCGUGCUAUGGAUGAAUUUCGUGGCAUGAAACUAGUACGAAAAUUUAUUGAUAAGAAUCAAUCUGUUAAUAUAGUAGUUAAUUUUGACAAAACAAAACAUCUGAGUGAUGCGCAAAUACAACGUCGGGAACGUGUUCGAAAACGCCUUAUUAGUAAAGCACAGGCUGAAGAAGAAGAAAAAGAACGCCUAAAAAAAUUGGAACAAGAAAAUUUAGAACGUCAGAGGCAAAAAGAAGAGGAGCUAAAGCUUGCUGCUUUAGAAAAACAACGUGAACGAGAGGAAAAACGAAAAGAAAAGCAUUUAAAAAAGAUACAUGAACGAGGACAAGUGGAAAUUUCACAAAAGAUACGCAUUGAGGAGCGUAAAUUGCUGAUAGCUCAACGAAAAUUAGAGAGUAUCCGAAUAUUAGAGCAAUUAUUUGACCGCAUUAAGCUUAAAAACACGCUAAAACGUAAAACAACUCAAGUAAAUCAUUUUCCUAAUGAGGAAAAUGAUUCGCGUGAGCGUUUAAUUGAAAAAUAUAAAAUUGCAACUGAAAAACUCUUAAAUGACCAACGAAAAAAAGUCGAAGAUAUCAAAAGUAAAACCCCUCUAUCUGGUUUGUUAAAAAUGAAGAGAACUAAGAAAUCAGUAUCGUCAGACGAUGAAGAUGACACAGCAGGCAAUGAAAAUAAUGUUGUUAAAACAGAACCCGUCACAAAUGACAUGACAGCUGCCAAUGUAACCCACAUGAAUCCGUUUAAAGCUGUUGCUGCUUUAGCCGCUGCUAGUAGUAAUGGAUCACCAGCAUAUCCACCAGAAAUGGCUAAUGAAUGGAUGAAAUCAAUGUCAAUGUUUCCAUAUGUGCCACCAGUGUUUUCCGGUCUACCAACGCUCUACCGACCACCUUCGUUUGGUGUAUCCAUGAAUUAUCGUGGUUUUGCGCCACGUAUACGAGGUCGUGGUAGAGGUCGACGAGGUAGAGGUGGUAAUUAUGAUCCCUACUAUCAUUAUAAACGUAAUAAUUAUGAAGAUGAUAAAUACGAUGAAAAUGAUUAUUAUCAUAAGUCUUCGAGAAAUAGAUCGAGGUCGCGCAGUGGGCGCUCGCGUUCAAGAUCGCGCAGUUCACGUCAUGAUCGUUCCAGAUCACGUGGUGGUCGACGUUCUCGUUCGAGAUCAUAUAGUAGAAGUUCGCGUUCGCGAUCACGUAGUAGAUCACAUCAUUCACGUUCGAGAAGUCGUAGUUCGCGACGUUCAGCAUCUAGAUCACGAAGCACACGUCGUACAAACAAAAAAUUAGUAUCAACUCGUCGUUCACGGAGUACUGAUUACUCUAGUCAUUCAAGAUCCCGUUCUCGCUCACAUGAACGAUCCUUAAAGUAUCGUAGCUCUUCCAGGCGUGUCGUAAUUGAAACAGAUAAAUUGGUACAAUCGGCUGAAGUUAUAAAACGAAACAUCGAAAAGGAUAUGAAAGAUCGUAUGCGUGAAGAAGAAAGAGAAAUUAAAGAAAAUUUUAGAAAACAUAAACGCAAUGUGGUCGAAAGCCUAAAAACUCAACAUAAAGUUAGUACAUUAAAAGAUGGUGAAACUUCAGAUGAGGAGAAAAGAUGUGAACUGGAAAAUGGUACAAUCUCAAACAGUAGAAAUAAGCGAUACUCUUCAGACAGAAAUGAUACGUAAUUGAAAUGAAUGUGUUCGUAGAUGUUUUCUGUUUUCAUAUAUGUAAAUAUGGCGUCUAAUAAUUAAGUUAAUAACUUAAAAAAAUUAUAAAAAAUGAAGAGAAUAUGAUUAGUUUCAAUAAACCAAUUAUAAUGUAAGAAGCGUAAUAUUGAUGUUUAUAG